AUGAGAAUUCAGGAUAAAACCAUUACCGAUCUUUAUCUCGAAGUGAGAGAUCAAGGCACUGGAAAGAAAGGAUCCGCGCAGAUCAGACACGAUCCACUCUCAACGGGCUUCCAAAUCGUUCCACUAAAGCCUGGAUAUACAAUAAACACUACAAAACUUUAUUUGGCUGUAUUUCAGGAUCCCCACCACUCGGCCACUGAUGGCGAGCUGGAGAUGCGAUGUGUGGGAAGUGAGCGGCCUUUGAGGGCACAGAUCCACUCAUACGCUGUCAGAGUCGGUGACACAAUGACUGUGGACAUUCCAGAGAGUUGGACUGAGAAGUGUCAUGUGAUUCGGUUAAAGUGGCUACGAAAGCUGAAUCGCGGAGGGGAUUCUCGUGAGCGCUUAAUGGUGAUCCCCAAAACGGAUUCGAGUUCGGAGAGUGGCGAGUUGAAUCUCGCAUUUCUUCACCCAAUCAACUACUCAUCGCAGUACACGGUGGGAGAGCGUGUCACUGUGAAAGCGAGUGUACAAGAUGAUACGUACAACUAUAUGGUUAUUUGCAAUGGAAAGGAUUUGACUCGUUCCGCUCGAAUCGAUCACAGUAAAACGAUCAAUUUUGAGGCGACAAGGAAAAUGUUGGGGAAUUGUGUCAUUUAUCUUUACAGUACGAAGACUCAGCAAGUGGAUAUGUUGCUCUUUUUCGUCAGUGACAAGUGCACGGGAUCAACAAUUCCAUCAAGAGAUACUAUGAAACCUGGGCAAAAAAUUACGAUCACGAUGAAUGGACAGAAAAAUGGAUAUGUGAUUAUGAGAACGCUUGAUGAGAAAAUCGCUAAAUUAAUGAAAAAAAAUGGAUAUGUGAUUAUGAGAACGCUUGAUGAGAAAAUCGCUAAAUUAAUGAAAGAAGAUCAACCCGGUUUGCCGAAACUCUGGGAAGGCCUCUUCUUUGCUCGAAAUUUCCAAAAAGAAGAACAAAUUCGAAUGUUCAAUUUAGUGACCUUAAAAAGCAUCAAGAAUAUUAUCACAAAAAAUUGUGCCAUCGCUGGUUCUCUCUUUAAUCAUAAAAUCUUGGGAGGAACUUGCCCCGAAGGAAAAGCCUCAACAUCAGCUGUUUCUGAUUUAUGUAUGCGACAAAUCACAACGAAUUGUCAGCCUGGCAUCACUCCAACUCAAGAAGCGGUUUGUGAUCGAAUGGGCUCGUCAGCCAGUUGCAGGUAUAAAGAAAUAGAAGCUGAAGACUCGGAAAGAUUCCAACCGGAUCUUUCGGAGCAAUUCUUUUCAUCAACUCGUCCAUUUGGUGACGGUUUUACUGGAAUGAAUGGAAUGAAUGGAAUGCCUGGAAUGCCUGGAAUGUCCAGCGAUUUUGGCGGAUUCGCUGGCCCACCCGGCCCAUUUCCAUCUCAAGAUUUCAGUUCGUUCAUGCGUUCAUUUGGUCGACCGACGACUUUUAUGGACGAUUUCGAGUUAGAGCCACCGAUUCUCCCGUCAGAUGAGAUGACUUUCACACGCUCGUAUUUCCCUCAUGUUUGGAUCUUUGAUGACUAUUCGUUGGGUCCAUUUGGCACUUCAGCGAUUCAAGAAGAAGCUCCACAUUCGGUUGGUCGUUGGGUGAUUCAAAGUGAUUAUUGGGCGCCGAAUGAGUUCUCAUUUUGUUCAGCGAUUCCAAAAUAUGUCACUUCAACAAAAUCUUUCUUUAUGGAGAUUGACAUGCCGAAAAAUGUUUACGUAAAUGAAUCGGUUACAGUCAAGAUCUCAGUGACAGCAAAUGAUUUAGAAGAAGAGAAACAGCUUUCAAUUUGUUACGGUAAUCUGCCGAGACAAUUGUGCGCGGAUAUGGGCCCGGCUGGAACCCAUGGACUACCCGCUUACUCAAGAAUUGUUCUUUCCAAAAUCCAUCCAAUAACAACAAAGACUUUCAACAUGAGAUUUUUCAAAACCGGAGAAGUGAAGAUUGUGUUCAUGCUGAGGACUGAGGUUUAUGUGCCUGGGGAAGAGAAUCGAUGCGCAAAUGGGGAAGUGUUGGAUUCGAUUGAGCAACCGAUUAUGAUAGCGAAAAGAGCCGAAACAGAAGAGCACUAUCGACGAUUGAUUUUAUCAAUCGAGAAACCAGUGAGCAAAUCGUUAAAUGAUGCGAUUGAAGAGGUCGAUAGGGCGGAUGUUAUACGGCCAAAUAUCUUAGAUGUUUACGAGUAUCGAGCUCCUCACGAGGACGCACUGAUCUCCGAAAUUCACACCAACAUCGCUGACACUGAUUCCGUUUACAGUAUCACGGCCGAAAUCUCGAAGUUUUUACCGUCCAUUUACAUUCCAUUACGUAUUUCAAAUGAGUUGCGAGAGUCGGAAGCGUCAAGAAAAAAACGAGGAAUUGUUGGUUAUGGAAACACUUUCCUCUCCGAUGUCAUCAAAAAGCUCUCUGUUGAAUUGUACAAAUUCAAAUUAGAGCGAACGGUGUUGAGAAGAAAUGAUGCAACGACGGAGUUCUUGGAGAACAAUAUUGGAGCUUUGGUGGCUGACAUGUUGCGAUUCUCGGAUUGCUCGACGAACUCUUCUUGUGGUUAUUAUGAGUACGGACGACCGAUCAAUCAAAAUCAACGAUCGCCAGUG